AUGCCACACUCCGGAGCAUUCGAAACUCCGGCCAAAUUCGAGGAUUCGGGGUGCCUGGCGUCCUUGAUGGAUGUCGAAGUGUACGCCAACGACGCCUGUGGUCUCUCUGUCCGUCAACGAUCCGCAAAAAUGGCCAAGUCCAAGAACCACACCGCGCACAACCAGACCCGCAAGGGUGAGUAGCGAGCGAGCGCGCGCACGCGAGGACGAGACGGAGGAGAGACGGGCGGUGGGAAGAAGGCGCGGUGGGGUGACGAGGGACGGACCUUGGGAUAGCGGCAGCGGAGAGAGCGGUCGCGGCGCGGGCGUUCAACGCGCCGAGAAGCGCUGCGCAGGAGAGCUGCCGCACCCACGAACUCGAACCCCACUCCCCGAGAAUCGUCAUGAACCGAGCGCGAGGAGGUACGGGACACAGCUAACGCCCAGCCCACCGCAACGGCAUCAAGCGUGUUGCCACCCAGCGCUACAAGUCGCUCAAGGGUGUCGACCCGAAGGUGUGUAGAGGGUUACAUUAGUCUGGGCGUAUGCUGACAUCCGCUCUUUCGUCUGAUCCGUCCGCCUAUCGACUCGCGCUGUGUGUUCUCGUCUCGUUUGCCCCCCCAUCACCUCGACCCGUAUCACCCUUCUCCCAUCCGGCGCACUCUCCACCUUUCCUGCAUCAACACCGAUUACUACGAACCUCUUCGACUUGUUAUCCCCGUCCUUCCGCGCUCGCUUGAAUUCCCCUCCGAUUUCCUCGCCCACGUUAUACCCUCCAGUUCCGCCGCAACGCCAAGUUCGCUGCCCAGGGCACCCAGAAGGCCGUUGCCGCCGCCAAGAAGGCGUCGGCAUAAGCGUCUGUAGUGUUGCAGUGUACCAUCAUUUCACGGGAUGAGACCAUUGGCCUAGC